AUGUCAAAAACCAUAAAAUACCCAGAAGUUUCUCUUCAAAAUCUAAAUACUGGCAACCAUUCUACAAUCAAACCGAACUCAUCUGCAAUAUAUCCAGCCAGAUCAAUGUCAAAACCGCCAUCCAACUCAUUUUAUAUCCCCGCACAUUUAUCAUCCCUUAAAAAGACUCACUAUAAAUCCCCUGAGUCCUCCGCAAAUCAAAGCUCUAAUGCUUCACCCUCUCCUCGAAGAAAAUAUGAAACAAGCGAAGUCAUUUCUUAUGCAAAAAAUGCUUUAUCACAUAUAAAAGAUUCCCAAAAGCUGCACGAAAAUGCCUCACAAAUGAACGAAUACUUAAAAAAAGUCAAAAACAAAAUGGAGUAUUACAAAAUAAAAUCUAAAAACCUUGAAAAAGAGAACUUAAAGCUAAAAGAAGACAUUGUAUAGCUCAUGCACCUUAAUAGAUCUCUCUAUACCUCAGCAGAAUACCGAACAGAAAAAAUAUGGUGCAGGGCACCUGCAUUAUGCAGUAUAAGUCUGAUUAGGCACCUUAAAACCAUAAACGGAUUUGUCUUUUACUUCUCAAAAAAGCUGACAAGUACAAAUUAAUUUUGGAAAUUAAAAUGGUUGCCAAUAAUGAUCUAAAAUAUUUCAGGGACUAUAAAAUAUUCAAUUUCUGAUUCUUCAACCAUUUCUGGUAGUUCUGAAAGGUGAGAAAAAUCUUCAGGCGAUGAAUUUGAUAGUCCAAUAAGUAAACUUGAAGAAAGUUUAAAGACCAAAUAUAAGUCUGAAAUAUCAAAUUUAAAAGAAAUUAUCAAUGAAAAAGAUAAGAAAAUAAAACAGAUGGAAUUAGAAUUACAGAACCGAAAAUUCUUAGGAGAGCAUAAAGAAAAUAUAAAAAAUGCAACGCUAGAAAAAGUAAAUAUUGAUAAAUCAGAACAUGAAAAACUAGAAAUACAAUUUAAAGAGCUUGAGGACAUGCAAAACCGACUGAUUUCAGAAAACGAGACUUUAAAGAGAGAAUUAAAAAUCUAUAAUUCAAACGGAGACCAUUUAGGGCUUAUUUAUUUUGCGAAUGAUAUACGAAAUAUUAAAAAAGACCUUAGUCAAGUACUUAUUGUCCUUGAAACUCUAAAGGAAGGAAAACAAGUAAGCUUAAAAUUGGUACUAGGAUUAGAAGACGAAGACAUAAACCCGCAGUUAACAGCACAACAAAUUAAUCAAAAUCUUUCAAUUAUCAAAUCUUCUCUAUCUAAAAUAAGAGAAAUUAUUGCAGAUUUUCAUGCAGAGCAGUGCGGCACUCAUUCUUGCGCUAUGCAAUAG